UCUAGUACAACAGAAAAUGGCUGGAAUUGUCAAAAGUUUUCAGUAGGAAAGGGGUUCUUUGGCUAAAAAAUAGGAAAUUAGCCCAGAAAAAGCCUUCAAAAUGCCGGAGGAACAGCAACCGGGGGAGAUUGAAAAUGUAAGGGUGGUGAUCAGAGUGCGCCCCAUGGAUAAGUUGGAAUUGGACGCUGGGGCUAAUAAUAUUGUGAAAGUGGACAAAAUCAAUCGAUCUAUCACAGUGACAAAGCCCAACAGUAGUCCAGGAGAACCCCCGAAGGUCUACUACUUUGACAAUGUGUAUGGGGAAGAGUCAACACAGAUUGAUCUCUAUGUGGAUACUGCACGUCCAAUUGUCGACAAAGUCCUUGAGGGCUACAAUGGGACAAUUCUGGCCUAUGGACAGACUGGAACGGGUAAAACGUACACAAUGUCCGGAAUACCAUCAUCACCACAGACUAAGGGUAUCAUCCCCAAUACAUUUGCCCAUAUCUUUGGCCAUAUAGCAAAAGCCAAGGAGAAUCAGAAAUUUCUCGUGCGUGUGAGUUAUAUGGAGAUCUACAAUGAGGAGGUGCGUGAUUUGCUGGGCAAACAGUUGAAUAAGAGUCUGGAGGUGAAGGAACGCUCGGACAUUGGUGUCUUUGUAAAAGAUCUCAGUGGAUAUGUUGUCCACAAUGCCGAUGAUUUGGAAAAUAUUAUGAAGUUGGGAAAUAAAAAUCGUGCUGUUGGUGCCACCAAAAUGAAUACAGAAUCAUCGAGAUCGCACGCAAUUUUCUCCAUUACUGUGGAAUCCAGUGAAACUGAUGACAAUGGUGAACAACACGUGAAAAUGGGCAAAUUACAGUUGGUUGAUUUAGCUGGGUCUGAGCGUCAAAACAAAACCCAAGCCACUGGGAUGCGCCUCAAGGAGGCCACCAAGAUCAAUUUAUCCCUGUCGGUUCUGGGAAAUGUGAUAAGUGCCCUGGUUGAUGGCAAAAGUACCCACAUUCCGUACAGAAAUUCCAAAUUAACACGUCUACUGCAGGAUUCCCUGGGUGGAAAUUCCAAGACAGUUAUGUGUGCUAGCAUUAGUCCAGCUGAUUCUAACUAUGUUGAAACAAUUUCAACCCUAAGAUAUGCUGGACGUGCUAAGAAUAUUCAGAAUCGCACGCAUGUCAAUGAUGAGCCAAAAGAUGCUCUUCUUAGGCAUUUCCAGGAGGAAAUUGCUGAGCUCAAGAGGCAAUUGGAGGAGGGAGUUUUUGAGAUUAAUUCAUCUGAGGAUGGGGAUGAGGAUGUUGAGGAUGUUUUGGAGGAGGAUGAUGAUGAGGAGAAUCUCAAGAAGAAGAAAAAAUCAAAGGGUAAUCGGAAGCUUGUGGAUGAUGAGAAGGAGAAGGAGAAGAGUGAUGCUGAGAAGGAAUUGUUGGAGAAGAAGGCAUUGGAGAGUGAACAGGAGCUCAAUAGGGCAAAAUCCGAACAAGAUCAAUUACGGGCUAAAUUGCAAUCGCUUGAAAAUAAAAUUUUGGUUGGUGGUGAGAAUUUGCUGGAGAAGGCAAAUGAGCAGGAAAAGUUGCUGGAGCAGUAUUUGGCAGAAUUGGAGAUGAGGACAAAGAGUGAGCAGGAAUUGAAGGAGUCGUUGCAGAAGAAGGAAGCUGAGAGGAUUGACAUUGAAGAGAGGUAUUCGUCGUUGCAGGAAGAAUGUGUGGGCAAAACUAAGAAACUUCAGCGUGUUAUGCAAAUGCUAAUGAGUGUAAAAUCUGAAUUGGCUGAUCAGCAACAGGAGCAGCAGCGUGAGAAGGAAGGCAUUUAUGAGAGUAUUCGGAGUUUAUCCAGAGAAUUGGCACUGUGUGAAUUGGUUCUCAAUUCUUACAUCCCCAAGGAGUAUCAGACGAUGAUUGAGCGUUUUACGCAUUGGAAUGAAGAUAUUGGAGAGUGGCAACUGAAGUGUGUGGCUUAUACGGGGAACAAUAUGAGGAAGAAUAUGCCAGAACCCAGAAAUUCCAACAAAGAGCCGGACUUUGUGGAUCUUUCCCAUGUCUACCUCAGUUACAAUACUGACAAUGUCUCUGAUCCAAUACGCAGCAAGACAAGUCGACCACGUACUUCCGGUGUGCCCAGACCAACAACAACCAGGCGAUAUGUUUAGAGAAAAAAAAUUAGUUGCAGAGGUUGUUCGUGGAAAGCUGAAAAACCCCAAAAUGAGAUUUACUUCCUGGUUUUCUCAUCCAAAUCUUGUCCACUUUAUUGCUCUGUUUCGAUGUUCACAGCACAGCUUCCACAUUUUGCGUGCAUUUAGGUAUCUCACCUGUUUGUCCUCAGUGGUUAUAAAAAACAAAAAAUUAUGCAUUUUCUGUCGAGCUUCUUAAGUAGCUGAAAGCACUUCA